UCUGAGCUCUGUGACAGUCUGGAGUCUGAGGGUAAAUGAGGCUUUGACGGUAUGAUGCUGCAUUUCAAAAUAUAGUGAAGGAAUACAGCAGACUCUUUUGGGGGUAACUCAGGUAGUACGUGGAUCCAGACGGUGGCAAUUCUACUGAGGACUGGCAAUUACUUCUAGUUUGAAGAAAAAGUGACGUUGGCUCAAAAUGAGUGCAAUGUUGGAAACCCCUGAGCUGCCGGCGGUGUUUGACGGGGUAAAGCUAGCUGCAGUUGCUGCUGUUCUGUAUGUUAUUGUUCGCUGCUUGAAUUUAAAAAGCCCAACUGCCCCUCCUGAACUCAUUUACCAGGACUCUGCUUUGGCCCGCUUUCUACUCAAAUCCUGCCCACUUUUGACCAAAGAGUACAUUCCACCCCUGAUCUGGGGAAAGAGUGGACAUAUCCAAACUGCCCUUUAUGGAAAAAUGGGGAGAGUGAGAUCACCACAUCCAUAUGGACUUCGCAAGUACCUCACGAUGUCAGAUGGAGCAACAGCCACCUUUGAUCUCUUUGACCCGCAGUCGGAGCACUGCAUUGGAGAGGAUGUCACGAUGGUAAUCUGCCCUGGGAUUGCUAACCACAGUGAAAAGCAGUAUAUCCGCACUUUUGUUGACUAUGCGCAAAAAAAUGGGUACAGAUGUGCUGUCCUGAAUCACUUGGGAGCCCUACCAAAUAUUGAGCUCACUUCUCCGCGAAUGUUCACAUACGGUUGUACCUGGGAAUUUGGUGCCAUGGUUAAUUACAUCAAGAAGACCUACCCUCAGACCCAGCUGGUUGUUGUGGGCUUCAGCCUGGGUGGAAACAUUGUGUGCAAAUACCUGGGAGAGAGCCAGGCCAACCAGGAGCGAGUCCUGUGCUGCGUCAGCGUGUGCCAGGGGUACAGCGCACUGAGGGCACAGGAAACCUUCAUGCAAUGGGAUCAAUGUAGAAGAUUUUAUAACUUCCUCAUGGCAGACAACAUGAAGAAGAUCAUCCUUUCUCACAGGCAAGCUCUUUUUGGAGAUAACAACAUGAAGAAGCCACAAAGCCUGUCAGAUGCUGAUCUGAGCAAACUCUAUACAGCAACAUCCCUUAUGCAGAUUGAUGAUAACGUUAUGAGGAAGUUCCAUGGCUACAGUUCCUUGAAGGAAUACUAUGAAGAAGAAAGCUGCCUGCAUUACUUGCACAGGAUCUGUGUUCCUCUUCUGUUGGUUAAUGCUGCUGAUGACCCUCUUGUGCAUGAGAGUCUUCUAUCAAUUCCAAGAGCUCUUUCAGAGAAACGUGAAAAUGUCAUGCAUGUGCUGCCCCUUCAUGGAGGCCACCUGGGAUUUUUUGAGGGGUCUGUACUAUUCCCAGAACCUCUUACCUGGAUGGAUAAGCUUGUGGUACAGUAUGCCAAUGCCAUCUGCCAGUGGGAGAAGACAAAGUCUCACUGCUCGGACACAGAGCAGGCUGUAUCUGGCCAGGAGUAAUUGACCCAAAGACUCUGGAUCACUUCAGUAUAUCUCCCCUUUUAGGAACAUCUUGUUCCCUCACCUGCUGCUUCAGGUUUCCAUUCUCCUUGAUAUCCUAUGGCUGGGGUUUGAUCACAAUGUUUUCUUCCAAAGUGGAGUUAAAGCAGAGGUUAAUAUCUGGUCAGAGCAUCUUUGCGUAUAUAGUCACUUGGGUUUGUAGUUUACUGCUCUGCUUGAAGAAAUUAGGUGGCUGACUGAGACUUGUUACAGGGUUAUUGAGCUUAAAGACUGCUUGCUUUAAUAUAGCAGAAGUUUCAAAUGUCAAAAUCUCUUCACCUGCUGGUCAAAAACUUGAUCUGCAGCAUUUGUUUAGGUGUAGAUGACAGGGUAACUAUGACUCUGUUCUCUGUCCCAGUGCUGGAAAAACCCUGUACCAAGCCACAAGCGGGUGAGUGGUUCAGUCUGUAAGCCACUAAAAUGUGGCUUGGAACAACAGAUGCUUGACUACAAGUGGUGUUCCAGCCUUGCACCAUCUCAAGGGAAGCCUUUUGCUUCCUAGGAACACACACAAGUGAAUCAGUUUAAAAAUACUUAACUUUUCCAUGCUUCAGCUAUCUGUGUAUUGGGGUGUCUUUAUGCUGGGACUUCAAGUAGAGAAAAGCUGCAGGCUGAUAAUACCAGUUAAUGUUUCUAUGUAAACAUGUUCUCACACCAAGACCAGAUCAGUCACCUUCUUGUCAUCUUUGCCUCUCUUUAAAUGUAGUCAUCUUUUUAGUACUGGAUUUUUUGUUUGACCCAGGGCUUUUUAAAGCUGGCUCUGGCUUCCAAAUGGAAACCGGAGAUUAAGAAUCUGCAGGAUCUUUCUGUGAGCUCAAUCUGUUUUUAAGAAUAUUUCGUAGAGAAUUAUGUACUCUGUUAGGGAUUAAUUUGUUGGGGAGGAAGGUAUCUAUUUAGAUUUACUCCCCUUAUGUCAGGGUAAAUCAUAGCAAAAUUCUUCCCCUUAGCUUUCAAAGCAUCGAAUGGUUUUCAGACACGACUUGCCUUACAGUUGAUGGGGAACUGGAUGUCUCUAGCCCUGUGCAACUAAAAUGAUAUUUUUGCAUGGCUAACUACUUCCAUAUCUAUGUAAACGCUGUAGGAUUACUGGCUCCAGUAAGCCACUGGGCUCUUCCUCACUUGAAUUCCUUUUCCACACCCAGACCUCCUCUUCUAGUUUUAAUGUGCAAAAGCUGUUUGCAGGAAAGAUGCCUACUCACUUGUGCUUUUCCCUCAAGUGGCUGUUAUGGUCUGUGCCAAGAUGGUUAUUAAAGACCCUAGUCUAUCCCCUGGAAGGAAAGUUGUCCCAUGACAAUCUGGAGACUGAAACUUUGUGGUCAAAAUCUUUUUUUUUUUUUUUACUGUUUGUUCUGUCAAUAAUGUAGUCUCAUUAAUCCAUCCUUAGGACUUCUUUAUCACAGUGUCAGUGAAGUACUCUUCCUGUCACACUUCCCACAUCAAUUAGCACUUUAUUGCUUCAGCCUUGGUCGGUGUUCCAGGCACUUUAGUUUAUAGCUUAAGGGUGAAACAAGCUGCAAGACUUCAGUCUGGUAAUAUAGGGGAACGAGCCUUCUGGACUGCCCUGUCCCUGAACUUCAGUAGGUUGGAGAAGUGGGUUUUUGUUUUAAUAAAGCAAUAAUUAACUAUUGUAGCAAAGAUGCAUUAUCAUAUCAGGAAAUUCCUUUCGUUUGCCUUAGGCCAGACACCUUGGCCUGUUACAAUGAACUGUGGAUAUCUGCACAUUCUCCUUGUUAGUAAAUCCAGGUUUCCUUUUUUUCAUCAAAGAAAAGAUGUGACCAAGUAAAGCUAUAGCAAGACUUGGCCAUGCUUGUGGCUGUUCCUUAAGAACUAUUUUAGGGCAUCAGUUAGCAAGGAUAUUCUUAGCUGAUGGGUAUCUUGUCUUUCUAUGUUGUUAUCCUCUUACUCAUACUGCAUCUGUAUAUCACUAAAAUCUGUCAUAAAAGACAUUUCAGAUUUUUGCUUAAGUAGCUGUUCAUGUAAUAUUCAUUGGAUAUGACUUCAAUAUCUUCUCGCUUCAACAGAAGUAGAGUGUAAACAACACUUGUACGCACCAAAUAGAUACAGUAUAAAUUUAGGUGUGUAGGGGGAUAUGGUUUUUAUCUCCAGUGGUUACAACUUUAGAAGUGUUUCAACUUUCAUAGUAUACUACAGCUGUAGCUUACACAGUUUGUGGCUGUCUGCCUUGAGGAAACAAAACCGCCCUUCCCGUGCUUCAUGUGUCCUUCCUCAAUCCAGCUUUACUGUGCUGAGAUGAGUAUCAACUUCAGACAGCUCUAGAGGAGCAGAAGCUGUCCUUGGUACCAAUACUGCUGUUGAAAUGAAGAGCCCAUCGUAUGACCCAACAUGUGGGUACCUAUGAAAGAAAGGUCAGUGUGUGUCUGACCUCCUUCGAGAGCAAAAUAUCUGCCUUCCUCAACUUGAGAGCCUUAUCAAAAGCAGGGGUGCUCUGCCCAUCUCCCCAGGCGGCUGAAGCUCUGCCUUCCUGCCCAGGACCCCAGACUGGCAGAACAGUUCCGUUGUUGACUGGCCCAGAAUGUGAAAGUCAGGAGGGUGAGAACUGGCUUGGUACUGUCUGGGAAGGUUAAUGCUGAGGCAAAGCAAAAAGCCUCUGCUUUUUGGCCAAGUCAUGCCAGUCCCUCUGAAGGUGGAGCUUUGUCCUGAGCAGCUUUUUCUUGGAAAAAAUUUUCUUCCGUUUUGUAAAGGUGACCAUUCUUGAUGGACCAGGCUUUCAAAGGGGUUUUUCUGUUUCUGAGGUAUGAGGAAGCUACCUUCUUAUCAAAUGUACCUUCAUUUCAAACUGAUUUCACUACAGCAGAUGGCUAGUCGAUCAAUGACCCGUUUUUAAGCAAGUCUCCUAAAAUGAGGUGAGCAACUGGGUAAUUCUGAAAGCAGCAGGAGCUGUAGCUUUGUCUAAUUAGAGAUUUUGCUUUAAAGUUGGAGGGUCUUUUCAAGAAUACUCCUUCCUGCCCUGCAACCCAAGCCUUCAUACUUCAGAAGUGCUGAUGCUGUGCACUUUCUGAAACUCUCAACUGCAGAAGUAAUAUGGGUAUCUGUCUUGCUUCUUUGACCUGUUUUUGCAUCUUGCAUCUGAACUUGCAUCUACAGCGGUUCAAACCACUUGUGACUUGACCAACUAAUUCUAGCCUGAUUGGGGAAGAGCAGCUUUUGUCAGUGGCUUGUUUGUGCAAGGCUUCUGAAGCCUGAGGUUCAGCUUACUAAGCUUGUUGUAGGUGGAAGCAGUGAAAAAUCUAUUCUCCCCAUCCCACCCAAUUUGCUACUUUCAAAGCAAGACUCAUGGUGUCAGACUUGCAGCAGUAACUUAAAGAGAUCUUGGGGAAGUGGGAGAGGAGAAAGUUAAGCUGCAGUACAUGUUACCUAAAGGGAAUCCUGUAUUAAAUCUUGCUGCUGACAGUGACUGGCAACUGAUACCUAGUGCCAGUGCCCCAAGAUGCAUGGGACUUUGUCCAAUCUUAAUCUGAAAUACUCUUCUCUCCCAAAAUAAGGCAAUACUAGUCUUGUGAUGUGGACAGGUGGCCUUCAUUUGCCCAGUGAACUCAACCUUAAAUGCAAUCUGAAUUUUUAAGUCUUAGAGGCGAAGUCGUCUUUUUCAUCUCUUGUCAAGACACAUGAGGUUGUUGAAGUGUGCAUUUCUAUAUCAUUACAGUGUAGUCUGAUAGUGCAGUUCAAGACUACAGCAUGAUGAAUCUGUCAUGUGCUCUGUUUCGUUUCAAACUGGGGUUAGAAAAAGCAUUAGCAGAGCUCUUCCACAGGUAGUCUCGUGUGGUAUACGCACCUCUCCCAUCACUGGAUGUAAGUAGCACUUGAACAUAAACCCUAAGGACUCUCUCAAUCGGAUAGCAAGUUGCAGAACUAUUACUGUUUGGUUAGGCUGGUCUAACCAUCACCUCAGUGUCUGGAGAGAUCUGAAGCUUGUAGGUGAGAAGCUGGGACUCGCUCUUACUGAACACAAGGAACUUGCAGCUUCCACUACAUCAGAUCUGCCAGCAUUUUUAAUGGUCCCUUGGGUAGCUUCUAAAUUGAAGGUGUUUUCAGAUGGGUCUGACAGUGUUGUAGUUGCACUGUAACUUCCCUGCAAUCUUUUCCUAAGUGUUUUUCUGCAGUUCCUGUUUAUGAAGAUCUAGGUUACAAAGACAGGGCAUUAAGCAAAGAUGUUGGGAGCUAUUGGCUUAAGUACUGAAUUUAGCCAAGCUUACCUGUGUGUCCUCUGUCCUGGGUCUGUCACAAGUUCCUAGACCACUGCCCUUUGACACGUGGUGCCUUGCCCUUUUUCUCCUCCUCCCUUGACAUCAGCAUAUCUAGAGACUUCAGUAACAGCUCUGUCAGAGCUUUUGGGGCUUUGCUUUUUAGUAAAUGAGUUUUCAGACACUAGGUAGUGAGACAACUCUGGCAAUGUACACUGUACAAGUGUGCUGACUUAAAGGACCUUUGUGGGCAGCCUACAACUAGCUACAGUCUAUUUUAAGGCUUAAAAUUUAUAUAAGCAGUGGAUCAUUUUCAGCUCUCUGCUCCUCUAGCAGUAGGGAUUGAGUCAUAGAAGGAGGGUUUGCUUUGCUUAAUAUGUGACUUGUUACCUUACAAUCCCAAAGUUCUUAUGUCUAUUAACUCUCCAGCAGCGUAGCUGGAGGUAAUUGCUGAAGUGACUACAUCUCAAAAGAAAAAGCAGAGAGUAGCAACUUCAGGAUUUAAUUGCCAAACAGUUUAGUCACCUGAAUUGCUUCCAAGUUUUUUGAGAAAUAUUAUGCCUGUCUGAAGCUUCUUGAAAAAGGCUGUGAAGAAUUUCAAUGAGACCAGAAAAGGCCCUAGCCUUGUGCUGCAUGUGUAAGUCAUUUGUUGUGAAGAGCAUCUUGUUUCUGGUUUGAGUCUUGCUCCAUGCGUCCUUAUUCCUUUGGCGGAUCUGUUGGUUGGGUAGGUCCUGGAGCCACAGUGACUCAAAGCAGUGUCUCCUUCAUGGCUUCUAGGUGGAAAGCAAACAGCUCUUCUUAGUGUGAGGAGUUUGAGUUUUCUCAGAGCUUAGAAUGCCUCAGAGCAACACUGCCCCAAGGAAGGGGUGCCUUGUAACUGUACCCUUACUGCUGGGAGUGUCUGUUACACUGGCCUGGACUUUCUCUGCUGUUGGGGGAGCUUAGGCACAAGUGCCAUCAGUGAGUCAAAGCAGUUGCCAGCUUUCCAUGCUGUGGUGGAAGGGUUUCUAGGGUUACCCUGAACCGUUGCAUUCUGAACAUCUGUAUUCUUGGUUUUGCUAGUUAAUCAAUGGACACAAACACUGCAAUCCAGGGCAGCAUUUAUCAGGUUGGAUCUGCUAGUAUUGAACAGGCUUUUCCAAGUCUCUCUGACACUCUCCAAAAGCUCUAGCCCUGCACCCGCUAAAGGCCAUGUCCUUCCUUCUCACCAAAUGGCCUUGCCUAACCCAGGCAGUUUUAAUGCCAGUAAGGAUCCUGAUCCCACAAGGUGGCUCUACACAAAGCCUUUUUGCUUUUGUCUGAAUGACAAGCUUGCAUUGUCUCUCUCUGGUCAUGCAAGAGCUUUGAUUAGAUACAGAACUUUCUUCUAGGAUCUCCACUAAGCUCUACUGGGAUGCUGACCCUUUUCCUGGCUCCUGCCAACUGGGAAGUCUUAAAAAAAAAAAAAAAAAAAAAAGCCAAACAAAACCCACUUGUAUUUGAUAUAACCAAACCCUACUGCUUAGCCCAAGUCAGCAGCUUUCCAAAGGAGCACGUUUUCUCAUUGUGUUACUUGACUGCUUGACCGUAAUUCCCAGUGACAGAUUACUAGGCAUUCUUCUUGAGAAAGCAUAACCUCUUUCUCUGAAAAUCCCAAGCCGAAGAGGUGAGUGGAGACCUCAGGAAGAACAGACUUGUGCCCUUCUUGUUUUGCCUGUGCAGGUGUGUUAGAACAGGCUGAGUGAUUUCUAAUAUUCUUGGUGAGCAGUUUGCUAUGAAAAUAUCUUCAAAUUGGCAGAAUUGUACUCUGGAACCAUCUCUAAAUGCUGCCCUGAAGAAAAGCUUGUAUACUGAGACACCUUCCCCGCUGCCAUGUUCUGAGUCAGAUCCUCUGGAGCUGACAGCUGCAGGGGAGAUGAUUUGCAACUAGCAAUGCAAUUUUUCUAUAUCUGCUGAUGUUUACCUUUAAAAUUAUAUAUAUAAAUAUAUAUAAAACAGUGUCUUUGAUUUUUUCUUUAAUUUUUGUUCUUCUGUGUGGUAUAAAAUGGAGGUCACUGCAAAACAAAAUGUAAUUUUGUUAUCUUUGAUUCUGUGGGAUUUCUUUAUUUAAAAAUAAAGGACUUAUUGAAGUCAGUGCUACAUG